CGUAGCGUUCUUGAAAUUGUUCCGUCAAUCUCAAUCCGAGCUUUCAGUGUCAGUUCGUGAUGUGAAUUGCUUCGGAACAAAACCGACUCUCCAGUUCCAGCAAUAAAAAGAUUACGAAUCUACCUUAUUCUAGGUUGUAGGCGGGACAGAAAGUGCCGAAAACUCCCAAAGGGAAAUAGUUACUCGGAGAUCCGCUGAAAAGGAGCUCGGUCUCUGACGUUUCUCCUUUCUGAUUUGCGCAAGCUCCCCGGGCAGCGGGCGUAGUUUGUCUUCGCUCGGCCACCGUCCCCGCGCCGGGACGGGGUAUUUUGUCCGCCUGCCGCCGCCGUCCUAGCUGUUAGUCACCGAGUUCCAGGCCGCGGGAGCGUGGGGUGUGCGAGAGCCGGCUGGCGUUGCCGGCACCAUGGAGUCGCCUCUUAGCCCGGGCCUUUCUCACCGAGCGAACGAGGAUUGGGAUUCUACUCUGUUUGCUGAAUUUGGCUAUUUCACAGACACUGAUGGCCUGCAGUUGGACACGACAAAGGAAACUUACGAAAAUAAUUUUGAUACUCUUGAUUUUGACUUGGAUUUGAUGCCUUGGGAGACAGGCAUUUUGGACAUCAACAACCAGUUCUGUACAGGCAUUAAGGCAGAGCCUCAGCCACCUUCUCCAGCCUCUCCGAGUUGUUCAGUCUCCUCUCCUCAGUCCGUGGACUCUUGUUCUUCAACCCAGCAUGUUCCUGAGGAGUUGGAUUUGUCUUCUGCUUCCCAGAUGUCUCCCCUUUCCUUGUACGGUGAAAGCUCUCAUAGUCCCUCCUCGGCAGAGCCACUGAAAGAAGAUAAGCCCAUCGUUGGCCCUAGGAGCAGAGUUGCAAAUGGAGUGACUCCAAAGAAAAAAAUUCAGAUGACUUCAAAACCUUCAAUUCAGCCCAAGCCUUUAAUACUUCCAGCAGCACCCAAGACUCAGACAAACUCCAGCGUUCCAGCAAAAACCAUCAUAAUUCAGACACUGCCAACACUGAUGCCAUUGGCAAAGCAGCAGCCAAUUAUCAGCAUACAUCCUGCACCCGCUAAAGGUCCAACAGUAGUGCUCUCUUCGCCUGCCGUGGUCCAGCUUCAGGCACCUGGAGUCCUGCCCUCUCCUGCCCCGGUCCUUGCUGUCACCGGGGGAGCCACGCAACUACCUAAUCCCAUGGUGAAUGUGGUGCCGGCCCCUGUGGCCAACAGCCUGGCGAAUGGAAAACUCUCUGUGACUAAACCUGUCCUACCAAGCACCGUGAGAAGUGUGGGCUCGGAUAUUGCUGUACUAAGGAGACAGCAACGUAUGAUAAAAAAUCGAGAGUCCGCGUGUCAGUCCCGCAAGAAGAAGAAAGAAUAUAUGCUUGGCUUGGAGGCCAGGUUAAAGGCCGCGCUCUCGGAGAAUGAGAAGCUCAAGAAGGAGAACGGGUCACUGAAGAGGCAGCUGGACGAAGUGGUGUCCGAGAACCAGAGGCUUAAAGUUCCUAAUCCGAAACGAAGAGCUGUCUGUGUGAUGGUGGUGUUGGCGUUUAUAGUGCUCAACUAUGGACCCAUGAACAUGCUGGAACAGGAUUCCAGGAGAAAGAAUCCUAGUGUGAACCCUGCAAAUCAGAGGAGGCAUCUUCUAGAAUUUUCUGCUAAAGAGGUGCCAGACACAUCAGAUGGUAUCAUCCAGAAAAACAGCUACAGAUACGAUCAUUCUGUUUCGAAUGACAAGGCCCUGAUGGUGCUCAGCGAAGAGCCACUCCUCUAUAUCCCUCCCCCUCCUUGUCAGCCCCUGAUUAACACCACAGAAUCUCUCAGGUUAAAUCAUGAGCUUCGAGGAUGGGUUCAUAGGCAUGAAGUGGAAAGGACCAAGUCCAGAAGAAUGACGAAUAAUCAACAGAAAACCCGUAUUCUUCAGGGUGCUCUGGAACAGGGCUCAAAUUCUCAGCUCAUGGCUGUCCAAUACACAGAAACCACUAGGAUCAGCAGGAACUCAGGGAGUGAGCUGCAAGUGUAUUAUGCAUCACCCAGAAGUUAUCAAGACUUCUUUGAAGCCAUCCGCAGAAGGGGAGAUACGUUCUAUGUCGUGUCAUUUCGAAGGGAUCACCUGCUGUUACCAGCUACCACCCAUAACAAGACCACAAGACCAAAGAUGUCAAUUGUAUUACCAGCAAUAAACAUAAAUGACAGAAACUGUUACGAGAUCAUCUGGCACAGAAUCCAUGCUAGUUCUGUGAACGGUGGCAGGUAACCGGGAACUUGGCUAGACACGUCCGCGAAAGCAGUCCCUGCCCCGAGUCCACCCCGGGUCCGCUGAGCCCUCAGCCACUUGCUUCUGUGAGCACAUUUCCUGUGUCUCCCACCCAAGUAUUUCCAGAAGAUGCUACCGGGUGCCUGCCUUCAAACCUACAGCCUUUCUCGUCCAGGAGUAAAUGCUGGGAAGAACCUCCCGCCUUUUCCCCCUGGUGCUAACGCUUCUGUGAGGCAACUGCGGGUCCUCUAAAAAGAUGAUGUUUUGGCUCUAUCAGUGACACCUAUUAGCUGUUCAUGAGAGAGCAUGAGAAAUUCUCUGGAGUUCAAAACACCAAAAUGACAUCCUUGGUAAAAAAAAAUCUCUUUAUGAUUUGAGUAUCGUGGUUAAGAGCAGGAAUCUCUGGGACUUUGGCCUCGAAGCUGUUCUCAGAGCGCGUUGUAUACAUUCCACGAGGGCCUUGGGGGACGGAGCAGGCUUAGGUUGGAGUUUCCAGCCCGCUUUGUCAUCGUCACAGCUGAGCGGAGUGCUGGAAUGUGACAUUUAGUCAGUUGUGCCCAUUCCUCAUCCAGUAUUUAUCAUUUUCCCGUGUGGCAGCUCUUGUGUUAAAAAAACAAACACCUGCUUUGAUUUUGUGAGGUUUAGUUUGUAAAACACACGAGAGGAAGAAACUCCUCUCCGCUGGACUUCACCCCCGGGUUUCACCCCUCACUCUCUGCUCCUGCUUGUUCCUCAGCAAGUCAGAUGGCAUUUACUGACCGGAGCAUUUUAUGGUUAAUUCACCUUUAAACUUUCCAAAAUGCCAUCUGGCUUCGUGCCUGCAGAGCCAGGACUUAGGAGCCUUGUAAACAUGACUGCUGCCCUUUUCCAAAAGAAUAGAAGCCACAGAGAGAGAGAGAGAGAGAGAGCUAGAGAGAGAGAGGCUUCCCUGCUAAAAAGAAAAGUUACUUUUUAUGGCUCAGAGAGUAAUCGUGUAACUACAGCAAGCGAUGGCUUGUCUGUGUCUCACUUUAUAAUAAUUGAAAAUCGUGAUAAAUUCUUGGAGAAGGUGCAUUUGUUCUAAGAUCCCUAAGUCGUGCUGUUUGCAGACGUAUGUGGUACUGGUGUCAGAAUCCACUGAACGGAAAAAUCCCUCAAUGUGUAGAGUAAUAUGUUCCGAACGACUCUGUGUUAUGAAGUCAAAAACACUCCACAGUCGUUAAGCUGUUUCUUUUGAGUAUCUGAACAAGGGUAACGGCCCGUGCCUUCCUCACUCCGUCGGUUGGGGACUUGAGUUCAUAGCAGAGCAGAGCCUUAAUUGAUCUUGGUGGCGACCUUCCAAGCUCUUCAGGCACAUAUCCUCCUUCUUCUGUAGAUAAUGUAGAGAUCCUUCCUCGCUUGUUAGGCGGCUUCUCUAGAUUGGUGUCUCACCCUAGCAAAAGGGAGCGUCCUUCCUUCCAUCUUUUCCAGAAUAUUUUCUCAUUACUCCAUCUGCAGGAGUAAGGCGGACAUUGAAAAUGCCCAGGUGAGCGUCAGCCACCUGUCAGGCACUCAUCAGUCACUUCUCUUCUGUGAUCGUAUUUCUGUGGGGCUCAAACCCACGAACCGUGAGAUCAUGACCUGAGCCGAAGUCGGACACUUAACCGACUGAGCCACCCAGACGCCCUAUGAUUUCUUAAAAUCCUACUUGUUAUCAAAGACCUGUGUCUAAAAAACAAUUCUUUUCUAUUCUUUGAAAUAAUAAAAUCUUAAAUGACUCAACAUCCAGGUUUCAGCUAAGAGUGAGAUUGAAUCAGCAGCCUCAGAUUCUCCACAUCUAUUUAGCCUUACCUAUUGUUAACCAAACUUGCCUGCGAGCCGGGCUGCAUGUUGCAAAACUUAGAGCAAUAAAACUAUUUAUGAAUCCAAACACCUUCAUGAAGACCUGUUUCCUUGGUUUCACUUAUGUAAGCCCACAAAACUAUCAGUUGCAAGUAACUGAGGGUGGCAAACGCAAGUGUUUUCAAAUGCCUAGACUUUUUUGAACGUUAUGUGAUUGAAAAGCAGCCAAGUUUAAUGCCGACUGAGAACUGCUGACAUUUCUGCAGAGAAAGUGACACCCGGAAUGGCAAAUAACGUUCUGGACACCAACCUGCGAGCUCGAUCUCCGCCCCUCCUGCCUCCACUCCUGCCCCCUUUUUUUUUUUUUUUCAGGGGGAGGGACUCCUCUACUUAAUCCAGAUCUGUAGGACAGGAGUCCAUUUGAUGAAUAAAAGGUACGCUAGGCUUUUAAUAGGCUGGGAGGCAUUUGGUAGUCUCAGACCUCAUUACCCUUGGAAGGUUCCUUUAUGCUCUAAAACGCUUAUUCAGGGAUUCCCUUUAGAACCUGAAUCUGACCAACACAAUGGGCACAGAAUUACUGCAAAAAUAAUAUUGCAGAGAAAGCUACGUCAGUGCCCCGAGAAGAAGGUGUAAUUCCCCGACAUUGAUUUUAAGUGCGAUUCAAGAGCCACGGUGUUUCAGAGGAAAGAGUGCUUUCUGACCCAGUAGCAGCAAAGGCAGAGGUUUGGUCUUUAAUCUGCCUGCAGGGAACCCUGGGUGCUGGAUUGUGCAGGGAGGUGCUUCUGAACAUUGCUUCAGUGUUUAUGGGUCCUGAAUUUCAGAUUGUGACACUGCAAAGCAGUCUUCUAGGCGCUAGUGCUGGUGAUUUAAUUAUUAGAAGCAAGAAAGUUACUGGCCAUCCCUAAAGUUGGGCUCCAGAUCCCAAACUAACACUCCCAACUACAGCCUCAGGGCAGAGCAGGUACCAGGCCCAGUUCACUCGGCUUUCGGAAUGAAUUUUAACCCCCGCCCAGUCUUAUGAUGGGUCCCCUACCUGCAGUUCACUUGUUUUCAGUUUUUGAGGCAAUAAUUACAGUUACAUAAGCAGAUGUCUGUUUGGUAGUUCAGGAACUCAGUUUGAAGAAACGAGUAAUAAUAUUGUUAAUCCUAUCCUUUUUAAUGAUCUUUCAGGAGCUGUUUGAGAUCAGUGAACCAGAACUCUUCUGCCCAUCCCAUGAAAAAGCCACCCUAUUUGUGGGCAGAAUUCUCAGGGAAAGAGUAGGCAGGCCCAGAGAAAAGCAAGUCUAAUACCAUCCAUCUCCGAACAAUUGUGGAAUGAGCCAGGUUUCCUGAAAUUCUCCUAGGAGGCUAUCAAAAGCCCCAGAGGAUCUGAACUUGAGAAAAAGUAGGAACUUGCCCAAAUAGAUAGUGUAGACCUUUGUAGCAUAGGCCUCAAAAUUUCCCAGGGGAUCAAUCUCAUCUGGUCACCUUUAAGAGAGUCUUUGUUAUUGUAUAUGAACUAUAUUUCAAUAAUAAUGAUAAUAAUAGUAAUAAUGAAUCAUUGUGGAUGGUUAGGAAUUCAGUAUAUAAACUAGAGGUCGAAGAGAAGUGACUGUGUUUCAGAGACGAGGUCUUAGCGGGACUAUUUUUGUGUUUGAGGACAUUAGAAAUCCUUUGCUGCUUAGCACCCUUUCUGGAACCUUUCUGGGAUGGCACUUUCUCAGGUUGGAGCCAAGAAUGGUGGAAUUUUCAGGAAGCAGAGUGUUAGCUGAUGACAUAAUUAGCAGGUAUGAGAGGUCAGCCUUCUUAACACUAAGGUCACUUUCUGUAUUUCUCAUUGUCUGCUGGGUGCCGGGCAGGUGCCGUGCUAGCUCUGGGUGUGAGUAGUGGUGAAUGAAACAGACCUGCUUCCUGACUUGACCGAGCCGAUGAUCUAGUAGGGAAGACACCCAUCAGUAGACAAGAAAACAGUCCAGUGUUUAAUUAUGCACGUGACAGGUGCUUUGAAGAAAAAGGGCUGACAUGACUUGGGGAGGUUACUUCAGUUUUGGUAGUAAGGAAAGGCCUUUCGGAGGAAAUUCACUUGCGUGAUAUUUUACCCAGUAUAGUUUUUUUUAUUGAAGGAUAACUGGCAUACAAUAUCCUAUUAGUUUCAGGUGUAUAUCGCAGUGAUUUGGUAUUUUUAUACAAAACGAUCCCCACAAAGCUAAUUACAGUAUUGUUGGCUAUAUUCCUCAUGCUGUACAUUACAUCUUGACUUACUAUAAGUGUAAGUUUGUACCUCUUAAUCCCCCUUCACCUAUUUUGCCUGGCCAGCCCCCCCCCCCCAAUCCCUCUCUCUUUUGUUAACCAACAUUUACAAACACACCAACAGUUUGUUUUGUAUUAUCUACGAGUCUUUUUCUGUUUUGUUUUCUUUGUCCUUUGUUCAUUUGUUUCUUAGAUGCCACACAUAAGUGAAAUCAUACAGCGUUUGUCUUUCUCUGUCUUAUUUCACCAAACACAGUACCCUCAAAGUCCAUCCAUGUUGUCUCAGAUGGUAGGAUCUCAUACUUUUUUAUGGCUAAUACUUCAUUGUGUAUAGAUACCACACCUUCAUUAUCCAUUUAUCUGUUGAUGGGCAUUUACAUAUCUUGGCUAUUGUAAAUAAUGCUGCAGUGAACAUAUAGGCACAUAUAUCUGUUCAGAUUUGUGUGUUUGUUUUCUUCAAAUACUCAAAAAUGGAAUUGUUGGAUCAUGUGACAGUUCUGUUUUUAAUUUUUUGAGGAACCUCUAUACUGUUUUCCAUAGUGGUUGCACCAAUUUACAUUCCCACCAGCAGUGUAUAAAGAUUCCCUUUUCUUCAUAUCCUUGCCAAAGAUUGUUAUGUUUUGUCUUUUUGAUAGUAGCCAGCCUGACAAGUAGGAGGUGAUAUCUCGUUAUGGUUUUGAUUCGCAUUUCCGUAAUGAUUAGUGAUGUUGAGCAUCUUUUCAUGUGUCUGUUGGCCAUCUGGAUGUCUUCUUUGGAAAAAAUGUCUCUUCAAGUCCUCUGCCCAUUUUUUAAUAGGGUUGUUUAUUUUUUUUACAUUAACUUGUAUAAGUUUUUUGUGUAUUUUGGAUAUUAAGCCCUUAUCAGGUGUAUGAUUUGAAAAUAUUUUCUCCCAUUCAGUAGGUUGCCUUUUCGCUUUGCCAGUGGUUUCCUUCAUUGUGCAAAAGCUUUUUUAGUUUGAUGUAAUCUCUUCUGUUUCUUUUAGCUUUUAUUGCCCUUGACUGAGGAGACUCAUCCUAAAAAAUAUUCCUAAGACCAUGUCAGAGAGCUUAUUGCCUAUGUUUCCUAUAGGGGUUUAUGGCCUCAGAUAUUACAUUCAAGUCUUUAAACCAUUUUGAAUUUAUUUUGGGGCAUGGUGUAAGACAGAGGUCCGGUUUUAUUCUUUUGCAUGUAGCUAUCCAGUUUUCCCAACACUAUUUAUUAAAGAGACUGUCUUUUUGCCAUUGUAUAUUCUUGGCUUCUUUAUCAUAGAUUAAUUGGCCAUUUAUCCAUGGAUUUAUUUCUGGGCUCUCUAUUUCAUUGAUCUGUGUGUCUGUUUUAUACCAGUACCAUACUGUUUUGAUUACUGUAGCUUUGUAGUAUAGUUUGAAAUCAGGCAGCAUGACACAUCCAGCUUUGUUCUUCUUUCUCAAGAUUGCUUUGGCUAUUUGGGUCUUUAAUGGUUUUAUACAAACCUUCAGAUUCUUUGUUCUGUUUCUCUGAAAAAUGCCGUUGGUAUCUUAAUGGAGAUUGCAUUGAAUCUGGAGAUUGCUUUACUUAGUGUGGACGUUUUAACUGUUAAUUCUUCCAGUCCAUGAGCACGGUAUAUCUUUCCAUUUAUUUGUCUUCAUUUUCUUUAGUCCGUGUCCUAUAGUUUUCAGAGUACAGCGUUUUACCUCCUUAGUUUACAUUUAUUCCUAGGUGUUUUAUUUUUCUUAACGUAAUUGUAAGUGGGAUUGUUUUCUUAGUUUUUUUCUGAUAGUUUGUUAUUAGCAUAUAGAAACGCAACCAACUUAAUUUUGUAUCCUGCAACUUUACCGAAUUCAUUAAUUCUAAUAGAUUUUUGGUAGAAUCUUUAGAGUUUUCUAUAUGUAAUAUUGUCAUCUGCAGAUAGUGACAGUUCUGCUUCUUUCCAACUUGGAUUGCCUUUUAUUUCCUUUUCUUGCCUAAUGGCUGUGGCUAGGACUUCCAGUACUACGUUGAAUAAAAGUGGCGAGAGUGGGCAUCCCUGUCUUGUUCCUGAUCUUUGAGGAAAAGCUUUAGCUUUUCCCCAUUGAGUGAGUGAUGCUAGCUGAUGGUGUGUUGUAUAUGACCUUUAUUAUGUUUAGAUAUGCUCUUUCUAUACCUGCUUUGUUGAGUGUUUUAAUGCAUCUAUUGAGAUACGAUUUUUACCUUCAAUUUUGUUAAUGUGGUGUAUCAUGUUGAUUGAGUCAUGGAUGUUGAACCAUCCUUGCAUCCCUGGAAUAAAUCCCACUUGAUUGUGGCAUGUGAUCAUUUUAACAUAUUAUUGGAUUCAGUUUGCUAAUAUUUUGUUGAGAAUUUUUACGUCAAUGUUCAUCAGGGAUAUUGGCCUGUAAUAUUCUUUUCUUAUGUUGCUUUUGUCUGGUUUUUGGCAUCAAGGUAAUGCUGGCCUCGUGAAAUGAGUUUAGAAAUGUUUCUUCCUCCUCAGUAUUUUGGGAUAAUUUGAGAAGGAUAAGUACUCUUUCUUAAAUGCUUUGUAGAAUUCACCUGUGAAACUGUCUUCUGCUGGAUUUUUGUUUGGGGAGAGUUUUUAAUAUUAAGCUGUUGAUUCAAUUUCAUUACUUGUAAUUGUUCUAUUCAGGUUUUUUAUUUUUGAGAGAGAGAGAGAGAGAGAGCAUGAGUAGGGGAGGGGCAGAGAGAGAGGGAGAGAGAGAGAAUCUUAAGCAGGCUCCACACUCAGCGCAGAGCCUGACAUGGGGCUUGAUCUCAUGACUGUGAGAUCAUGAGCUGGGCUGAAGCCAAAAGUCAGAUACUUAACCAACUGAGCCACCCAGGCAUCCCAAACUCAAGAGUAGAUUUUCUAAAUAUUCGUGAUUCAGUCUUGGAAAGUUUUGUGUUUCUGGCAUUAUUUCUUUUAGAUUUUCCAAUUUGUUGGUGUAUAAUUGUUCAUAGGAGUUUCUUAGGAUUCUCUGUAUUUCUGUGGUAUCAGUUGUUAACUUCUUUCGUUUCUGAUUUUAUUUGGGCCAUCUUUUUUUCUUGAUGAGUUUGACUAGAGGCUUAUCAAUUAAAAGAAAAAAAACUUUUACAUUGUUCUAUUAUUUUUUUAAAUCUCGACUUCAUUUACUUCCUCUCUCAUCUUUCCUUCCUUCCACUAACUUUGGGCUUUGUUUGUUCUUUUUCUAGUUCCUUUAGGUGUGAAGUUAGAUUGUUUAUUUGGGAUUUUUCUUGUUUCUUGAGGUAUGUAUGCCUGUAUUGCUAUGAAUUUCCCUCUUAGAACUGCCUUUGCUCCAUCCCAUAGAUUUUGGAAAGUUAUGUUUCUAUUGCCUCGUGUCCCAAGGUAUUUUUAAAUUUUUUCUCUUUGAUUUCUUCAUUGAUUUAUUGGAUAUUUAGUAGCAUAUUUAGUCUCCACUUAUUUGUAGGUUUUUUUUUUUUCAAGUUUUCUUAUUGUAAUUGAUUUCUAGUUUUGUACUAUUGUGGCCAGAAAAUAUGCUUGCUUGGUAAGAUUGCAGUCUUCUUGAAUUUAUUGAGACUUGUUUUGGGGCUGAACAUGUGAUCUAUUCUGGAGAAUGUUCCAUGUACACUUGAAAAUGUUUAUUCUUUUUUUUAAAAAUUUUUAAAAAUUAACAUUUAUUCAUUUUUGAGAAACAGAGAGUACUAGUGGAGUUGGGGCCCAGAGAGAAAGGGAGACACAGAAUCCGAAGCAGGCUGCAGGCUCUGACCUAACAGUCUUGAUCCCGACACAGGGGUCGAACUCAGGAGAUCAUGACCUGAGCUGAAGUCGGACACUUAACCGACUGAGUCACCAGGUGCCUCAUUUUUAAGUUUUUUUAAAUGUGUAUUUAUUUUUGAGAGAGGGAGAGG